ACGCUGCCAUUUUGUCCGGUGGAGCCUCGGCAGUGACACCGUCCACUCAGCGGCACCGCACCGGGACCGUCCGCGGAGAGAACACCGAGGAAUCCACGAGCAGCGAGCCGCCGAAGUGGAGCCAGCAGCCGGAGGACAGCACCCCAGCGAGCCCGAGGACCGUGAGAGCAACGCCCCGAGCUGAGGAGGGGGCUGUGGGUUGUAACUUACCGCGGUCGCCGGCUCUGCUCCUCCGCCAGACCUCAGCCUCUCGCCCCGCUCCCCGGCUGGUUAGCUCCCCCCCCCUCGGCUAGCUUCUCAGCUAACACCCGCCGCCCCUCCCGUGUCCUCUCCUCCGGGGGGGAACCCGCGCCUUCCCCGGGGCUGUCAGUCCCACCCUCUCGCCGCGUGAGCUCCAGGGGAUGUCCUGCUCGGUUCUCGGUGACUUUUCCCACCCGUGGGGCGGUUUAGCUCCCACUUUGCCCCGCCGCCAGUGCUAGCUAGCCGCGGCGCAGGCUAACAAGUUGACGUGGAGGGAGGAACUCGAGCGUCUGGACCCGGGGGACAUUGUUGCUGCUGUCGGAGCUUUGAUUUCCCACGAAUUCGCGUCACUUCUUCGUACUAUUGACUUCCCCCCCCUGCAGAGCCCCGUCGUCCAGGUCACAGCCCGCCGGUUAGCGAUGUUUAUUCGGUUCCAGAAAGUCCUCCGCAGUGUUUACAAAGUCCACAGCGGGACUCGCUCCUGGUUCCCGUGCUGCAGCGUCAGCUAACACACACCCGCUGUCCUCGGUGUCGUGGUGUUUACUUUACAUCCUCCGGCAGAAUUGAUUGUGGACUUUUCCUCCGUCGCCAAACAUCCGUGUCCCCUUUCUGUCUCGCUUGCGACAUCACUGCUCGGCUGGAAAGAAGAAGAAGAAGAAGAAGAACUCGCCUGCUUCACCUCCGACUUGACAGGGACGUCACGGCGAGUUGUUGAUCCGUGGAUCGGGUCGUUGUCGUGCGGAUUGAAGCGAAGAAGAGGAGAAGAAGAAGAAGAAGAAGAAGAAGAAGAGGAGAGGGAGGAAUAAUAAGAGAUGUCAGGCCAGUCUAUCACGGACCGGAUCGCUGCAGCGCAGCACAGCAUGACCGGGUCGGCCAUCAGCAAGGCGGUGUGCAAAGCCACCACGCACGAAGUCAGCGGACCCAAGAAGAAGCACCUCGACUAUCUGAUCCACUGCACCAAUGAGAUGAACGUGAACAUUCCCCAGCUGGCGGACACGCUCUUUGAGCGCACAGCCAACUCCAGCUGGGUGGUAGUCUUCAAAGCCCUUAUCACCACCCACCACCUCAUGAUGUACGGCAACGAGCGUUUCAUCCAAUACUUGGCCUCAAGAAACACUCUGUUUAACCUGAACAACUUCCUGGAUAAGGGCGCUCUGCAAGGCUAUGACAUGUCGACCUUCAUCAGACGAUACAGCCGUUACCUGAACGAGAAGGCCAUGUCCUACAGACUGGUGGCUGUGGACUUCACCAAGAUGAAGAGGGGGAUUGACGGAGUGAUGCGCACCAUGACCACAGAGAAGCUGAUCAAGACGCUGCCCAUCAUCCAGAACCAGCUAGAUGCUCUGCUGGAUUUCCAGGCCAACCCCAACGAGCUGACCAACGGAGUGAUCAACUCGGCCUUCAUGCUGCUCUUCAAAGACUCCAUAAGGCUGUUUGCUGCUUACAAUGAGGGGGUCAUCAACCUGUUGGAAAAAUACUUUGACAUGAAGAAGAACCAGUGUAAAGAUGCUCUGGAGAUCUACAAGAAAUUUCUUUACAGGAUGACGAAGCUGUCAGAGUUCCUCAAAGUGGCCGAGCAAGUUGGAAUAGAUCAGGGUGACAUCCCAGAUCUCUCACAGAAAACUAAAGGAUCAUACAUUGCCCCCAGCAGCCUCCUGGAGGCUUUAGAGCAGCACCUGGCCUCUCUGGAGGGCAAGAAGACCAAGGAGCUGAACGCAGACACCAGAGCAUCCACCUUGUCCAGCGCCGUCUCCUCCCUCUCCUCCACCGGCAUGUCCUUCAGCCGCAUGGACGAGAAGGAGAAGCAGCAGGCCUUGGAGGAGGAGCAGGCCAGACUGCAUGCUCUAAAGGUCCCUCAGGACCAGCGCCUGAAGGAGAUGAACAUGCAGACCCCGCCCUCUGCCUCCCCCAGCAGCCAUUCGAUAGGCAUGGCCAACAACAACCACCACAUCACACAAACCCCAGAGUUGUUCACCUCCACGCUGUCUGCCAACAGCGUGCCCAAUCUGAACAGUGACCUGUUUGAUCUUCAGCCGGCCUUCAUCCCCGCUGUGCAUAGCAAUCCUUCCAUCUCCACCGCCAACAGUGCCUGGGGAGGACUGGAGAGCCAGCCUCUGCAGCAGACUGCACCGACCAUGACCGUAGAUUUCGAUGCCGUGUUUGGGAAUAAAGCUGAACCCAGUAACAACGGCCCACAACCUGCAGCCGGGUUCGAUGCUCUCGGAGACUUGAUGAAGCCGACGAUUCACGCGCACACCGCACCUCCGCCUCAAAUGACCAUCCAUCAUGGAGGAAAGAUGCUAGCCAACGACCUCGACUCCUCUCUGGCCAACCUUGUGGGCAAUCUGCAGUUCGUUGGGACCCAAGCCAAGAAGCCAGAGAUGCAUUGGAGCCAUCCCGGGGAGAAGAAGCUGACGGGGGGGCACAACUGGCAGAACAAGACCAUGUCGACCACACAGUGGGGCCCUGCGCCCGUGGCCCCACAGCCCAUGCCUGUACAACACGUGAAUGGAAUGUUCUAUACUAGUUAUGCUCCGGCUCCCAUGGCUUUCCCCAUGACCUCACCGCAAGUGCCUCUGUAUGGAAUGGUCCCUCCCCAGAUGGGUCAGAUGGGCGGGGUACAAGUGAUGGGUCCUCAGCAAAUGAUGUACAACCAGCCUGUUCUCAGACCCACCAACCCCUUCGCACCCAUGCCCGGCGCCCAGGUGAUGCUCAACACACAUCACACAGAACAUCCUUCACUUUAUUGGUUCAGUGGAACAGAGACGAACUAAAUCAGAACAUUUACACUGAUGCAGUUUAUGUAAUCCAGUCGGGGGGGUAAGCAGAGUGCCAAAAGCGACAAACAAACAGCAGAAGAAGAAAACACAGGAGAGGAACGAUCACACGGACGGAGGAAUGAUUUGAUCAAGUUAAAAUGACUAAGACGACAAGAACCGACACCAAAAAAGGAGGUGGACGGAGGUGGAGAUGACCCAACAGAGGAUGGAGGGAUGGUGGUGGGGGGGGGUAAUGUGGUGUCAUCCUGGCUGGUCGUUGUCUGAAACAACUCCUUGCAUAUGUGUGUGUUUGUGUUGGUGUGUGUGUGUGUGCAGCUUCUUUCUGUGGUUCUGAUUCGUGUUGUAAAUCCCAUCGAUGGAGUGAUGUUUCAGGAGAGGGAAUAAAGACGAGAGAGAAAGACGUGAAGACGGAGGAGAGAAGAGGGGAGAGAGGGAACCCUACCUCUGGUUUUCAGUCGGACGUUGUAUCUGACUGCUGCGAAAGUCUCUGCUGCAGAAUUAGCUUUAUUUCAUACUGGUGCUAUUUCUUCUUCUCUGGGUUACUGCCCGCCUGCAACGGCAACUCGCGAGUAUUCAAAGAGAGGAUAGGAGUUAAUUUAGUGUGAGUGCGGAGGUGUGUUGUGUGUUUGUGCAGAAUGUGUACCUGUGCACUGCAGUUGUUUCAGACGAUGCCCCCACAACCGACCUCUAUUCCCUCCCUCGUUCUCCGACGGCGUCCGAUCAGCGAGAGAUUUUACGUCUUCUGGUGUUUCCCGUAGUUUUCUGCUCUGUUGGGAUAUCUUAGUAUUUUUUUCGAUCUCUUUUUUCUCCUGCAACCUCUCCUGAAUGUUAUCGGGGCUUGUACAGCAAUUUGUUGAAUCAUUUUGUUAAUAGUAGUUGAGUGUUUUGCUGUUAUGGGUUUUUAAGCUAAAGUCUUUGUUACUCAUACUGCAGCGUUUUCUUCUCUUCAAGCCACAGAUGCACACAGAGACGGGAGUUAGCGGCGACAACAUGCUAGUGCGGUCAAGAGUCGUCGCGAACAUACAAGCGCUAGUAAUGUUGAAAUGUUGACUGUUUUAGCUGUUGAGCUAACAGCUAACUCAUUAGCCAGCCAGGGACAUGCAAGUGUGAGCUACCGUUAAACUUUGCAAGCUAAUGUUAAACUGUUCCUCAAUGUUUCUCUUUAAGAUGUUCAAACUAUUGUAGCUGUUGAGCUAACAGCUAGCCAGCCGAGAACAAUUAUUGACAGAUUGUCCCAAAAGCACGACUAACGAGCUACAAUAGCUUCCUCCAAUUUCACUCUGUCUGGCCAGCCGUUGGUCGAUAGCACAAAUUUGUGAGUCAAAGUUAACAAAAAUUGAACGUGAACAAUUCCUUCCCCUUGUGAGUAAAUCUACAAAAUUUGAAUUCUUCGCGUUUAUUUUGAAGAGAUUUCUGCUUUUGCCGUGCUAGCAUCAUUAGCCUGUUAGCCCCUUGCUGAUCUGUGUGUAUCUGUUCGUCUUGUCUUCAUCAGAUCGCCGAGCAGGUUCAAACGUCGAGGGGUUUCUAAAAUAAGAGCUUUUUCAUUAGGUCACGGUAUUCACAGAACCACGUAAUGUGCCAAUGAUUGUUGACGGCAGCACUGAGUGAGUCAAAUGUUACUGAAUCAAGUUGAAGUCACUUUAAAUUGCACUGAAUCAAAGUGAGACUCUUCUAGUGCGACUGGUUCUGCGCCAAGAGCCGAACACUGAGCUUUUGGCACAAACCUCGCUCCAUUGUUACCGGGGAAUUCGUGGGGGAUUAAAUUUGACUCGUGUACGAAGUCGUGGUCAUUCUUCAGCCAAAGCUUUCAUCGCCACGAGUUUGACUGUUGGUGUAUUUGGAUUUUAUGUGUUCAUGUGUACGCUAACACAUUUAUAUGUACGUUUUCCAUUGAGGGCUAUUUCUGAGGGUCAAAUUUUGAGCCUGCGAGUUUGACAUGAAAUGUGCUCGUUUCCUUUUUUUGUAAAAUCUAAUUUUGUUGCAAAAUGCACAUGCGAAAAUUUUGCACUGAAGUGACUAUCCUGCCGAAGUAGACCUGUCGCCGGAUCUCCUGGCAUGGAAGCGUUGAGAGAUUUGUAAAGAUAGUUUGGGGUUUUACAAUAACAAGUUUGUCUAAUCUACCAGCCACAUUGGCGAGUAACUAAACGUUAUUUUCCUGCCAUUUUAACAAUGAACUUGAAACUGUUUGUACUCCCACCCCCCCAGUCCAGCGUCUACAUCCCAAACCAUCAGUGAUAGUCCAGUCGUCUCGCAUCGUAUCUCGCUUCGGUCUCCGCUCUGUCUAGUUGCUCGCUCUAGAAUUCUUUCUUUCAGUGUUUGGUAUGUGUAGAUAUGUAAACAAAAGAAAACAACAAAAAAAAAAUAGUAAUAAUAACCAGUUUCUGUCUCGAUCGUCAGCUCUCACCCGUCACCGUCGCUGUUGGAUAGAUAUUGCUCUUGUCGCGGUCUUGUGUUAGCUUAGCCUCUCGUCAUAGUGUAGAAGACCUCCCGCUGUAGGUGUCCCACCUCGUCCCUGCCGGUGUCUCGUAAUUCUAGCUCUUAUCUCUUGGUGUCUCUGUCUUCUAGGUGUAGAUUAAACCUGUCGGAGGCUCGUUGGGUUUAUGGUUCGCUUGCCUCUAGCUUUAAGUGCGCUCUUUCUUCUCGCUUUCAGCAUCACGCCAGUGUCCGUUAGGUAAGAUCCUCGUCUUUCUUUUCCUUUCUCUUUCCCGUCUUGACAACAACGGCCCGUCUUCGCCUCAUGGUCGUGACGUCAGCCGCCAACAAGCUGUUUCUGAUUGGACUGUUGAAUCCCUAAUGGAGACUGGCUGCACAGUUUAUAGUCCAGCCAUGUUUUGGAAACGAGCUAAAUGCUAACAGAUGUGAAGUCGUGUGCUCAGGUAGCAACUCGCUGCUGUGUGGACUCUUUGCCAGUUGCCACAAUAUUUCCGACUAAAUUGUUAAAAUGACUUUGAUGGAACAAAAUCUCAAUCUCAGGUCCUGUUGGACUGGAAUUCUGCCUCUGUUGAAAUACAAGUAAACAUCAGUAAACGCAGACGAGUGUUAACCGCGGUCUUUUUCCGAGCUUUAGCAGGAAACUGCAUCUUUCAGUUUUCACGUCCAGCCGAAUAUCACAGAACAGAAAGUAGUUCUCUGGUUUUUCGGGCCCUUGAAGUGAACUGAAGUCAACGUGAACUCCCUCUGACACCGUUUGUCCUAAACAUAGACGCUAUAGAGUCUAAAGCCUCAAACCCUCCAGGGUCCAAAGUAAAAAGACCGCUGCAUUCAGGCACUUGCAAAACUAUUUCUUUAAUGGACGCCUCCUCUUUCUGUCUAGUGGUGGUUCUGGUGUUUUAUGGGACAUCUGUCUUACUGUCUCUAGUCCGAUGUGAUAAAUUGUCGCAUCAGGAAGCGAAGCCGCUUUGAUGCUGAAUCAAAUCAUGUCAGAGGAUCUGAUCAUUUCUGAUGUUUAAUAUCCUGCUCAGAAAACGGGAACAGUAACGUCAGGCUUUUAUUUCAACAAACUCUUUCUCCCCCCCCACGGCCAGUUUCUUUUCUGUUUCUUCCUCCUGUUUUGUAAACCUUUAGAUUUCUCUGCAUGGAAUCCAGUCCUGCCUGUUGCUUUGAGGUUUGAUUUCUCUUUGUGUCCCUUGUGGUUUCAAAGUUGUCGAAUUCUGUGCGAUAGACGGCGAAGAAGAGGAGGAGGAGGAGGAGACCACUGUGGUUGUUUUUGUUUUGUCUUCGUUACUGGCUCACGUCCUGAGCGUCGAUGUAACUGCCAGUAAUUAAAACAGCUUUAUCACUUCGGUAAUGGUCGUAUCCAGGGGGCGGGGGGGUUUUGGCCGAGCAUGCAGGCUCCUCUUUCGGCAACUCCCUCCCUUCAAAACUCUCCCACGCUUCGUCUGGGAAGUCCCCGGUACGACUGCCGUUCUCUGGGAUUUGCCCAACGACUCGGGCGGUUUAGAAUCCGAUCAGCCUCGUGGAAAGUGUCUGAACUUUAAACGCUGCUGCUGCUGCCACCACCUCUCUGCAUUGUUGUAGCAUGAAUCCAGAUGGAGGAGGAUGCGCUGAUAAACCUUGAUGUCAUUUUAACACGUUUGUUCUCUGCUAAGGCCAAAUGUCGGGGGAGCGGACUCCUCUCUCUCUUUCUGGGGUCGGUGAGAGCAUGGUUGUGUCGUUGUGGAUGUUCGUUGUCCUCUUUCCCCAAAUAAAAGCAUGAUUUGACAGUGGUGGUGAUACUGAUGGUGAUAAACCCCGUCCCCCCCCUCUAGUCCCCGUUACUCACACGUCUCCCUAAAGAGCGAAAUGGAUCAGGCUUUCUUGACCAGUCAUUUUCCGUCCACGGCAGUUUGAACUGAAUCGGACAGACGGAGCCAAAACCUGUCGGGUGUCACUCCCCCCCGGGGGGAGUCACAUCCGAGUCUCGCCGCACUCGUCCUCUGGGUUUCUGCACGCUUGUGGCGCCCCCUGUGGGUCGCGUGCGCGGAGUGGGAUAGAGGAAUCCAAGAUUCAGAAAAUGAAACGUCACAGAAGCUGUUGAUCAGAUUAAAAAUUGUCCUGGUUUCUUCGUCGGUGAGUCGGUGUCAAAGAUCUCUCGUGCACGUUCAGUUUUUCUACAUCUGUGUUUUUUGGUAAGAAACCUCGGAUUGCUGCCUCACUAUUCUGUACAUAGAGAAACACACACAACACAACACGCAGCUUGAAUACACACACUUAUAAUCCGCUAUUAUUUUUCAUUUACUCUUUAUUUUUCUGAACAGAUAUUCGUGUUCAUACAGCAGUAUAUUGGUAUGAUUACUACUCGGUGGGGGCGGGUGGAACAGAGGAAGCAGAUCUCGAGGGGGCAGCAAACCGCCGCAAAUCAGGAUCAGCCAUUAAUUCUCAAAGAUGCCAAAUGUUUUAGUUUUUGAGCAGAGUUCCACCUUUUAAUCGGUUCCUCGCUCUCUUCUGUCUCCUCCCCCCCGUCUCUUUGUACAUUUUUUUUCUAUUUAUUUAAAGCAGAAUUAUAGAUUGUAUCAAGCAUGGAAAGGCUAACAAAUGUUACAGUGGACAAAAAUCACAGGCUUUUAUUUUACAGCAGUAUAUUUGUUUAUUCAAAGGAUUUGUUUUUCUCUUUUUUGGAAGAAAUAAAGUCAUUUUCCAUUCCUAA